GGAUCAAAUUGCGUGUGCGAGGAAAGAACGACAACUCUGCAUGGAGCUUGCGUUACGACAUCGAAAUUGCGGAAAACACCUAGAACGAUCUGCGGCUCCACAUGCGAUGGUUCAUUUGAAAGAAGUCAGCAACAUGUUUUGGGCUCUGGUCUUAGAGAGUGGGCAGAGGUACAGCCAGACUGUGGAGAAAGGCUUCCACAUCAGUAUGGCAGUCAUUGAAAUGCCUGCAGACGCUGAUAGCCACAAGAAGUCUACCCUGGUGUCUGUGAUGGGUGCCACUGACAAGGGCGAGUUCUUGUUGUGCUACCUCAACCACAGCUCAGUGUUCCAGCAGGCCCUAGAUCUCAACUUCAACGAGGGAGAAAAUGUCACAUUCUACAUUAAUGGGCAAGGGACUGUCCACUUGACAGGCUAUCAGAUGGAAGAUGAAGACUAUGACGACAUGAUAAUGGACGAGGAAUCUGGAGACAGUGAGGAAGAAGCUCCAGAGCUGGUGUCUCCUGGCAACAAAAGGAAAAACGCUGCAGAACCUAACAAGAAGAAUAAGAAGUUGAAAUGGAUGACACCAGGGGGCACUGAGGGCAGUGAUGAUAGUGAGGAUGACAGUGAGGAUGAAGACUUUGAAAUUGCUGAAGAAGAUGAUGAUGAUGAUGAUGAAGAUGAUGAUGACGUUGAAGAUUUUCUGGACAUGGAGGCUGAGGAAGAUGAGGAGGAGGAAGAAGAUGAAGAUGAGGAAGAAGAAGAUGAGGAAGAGGAAGAUGUUGAGGAAGAAACACUUCCCAAGAAGAAGAAGCAGCAAGCUACCCCACCAUUAGAAAAAGCCCAAAAGAAGAACAAAACCCUAGACAAGGAAACUCCAGGCAAGACAACACCAGGAAAGGAUAAACAACAACAAAAUAAGAAAACACCAGCGAAAGAAACACCACAACCCAAGGGCAAUGGUCAACAAGGAAAGAGCCCUGUAAGCACACCAGCUGGGCCUGGAGGUGACGCAGAGGCAGGUCAGUCGGCAAAGAAAAAGAAAAAGAAGAAGAAGAAGAAAAACAAGCAGGCUGAAAAUACACCAGAAGCCAAUGGGGACUCUCAGCAAAAUAAGAGUGUGACCCAGACCACCAACCAGACCCCAAAAAGUGUGACCCCGGCCCCGAAGGGUGAGACCCAGACCCCCAAAGACCAAAAGAAGACCCCCAAGAAGCAGGUGCUUGCCCUAGGGACUGUCAUGGAGGAGAUAAAGGAGGGAGACGGACCCGUUGUCAAGAAGGGACAGAUGGCUCAUGUCUAUUACGUUGGCAAGCUGCAGAAGGACGGCAAGCAGUUUGACUCGUGUACAGGAGGGAAGCCGUUCCGUUUUCGUAUCGGCAAGGGAGAGGUGAUCAAGGGCUGGGAUGUGGGAGUCGAAGGGAUGAAAGUUGGCGGAAAGAGGCGUCUGACUGUUCCACCACAGGCAGGGUAUGGCAACCAGAGGCAGGGCCCCAUCCCUCCGAACAGCACACUAGUGUUUGAGGUAGAACUAAAGAAUGCCAGCUGAAUCAUCAACACUUCAUUCCAUCUGUGAUAUGCGAGAAGAAUUUUAAACCUUCAUCAACAAUUCAGUGUUCGCAUUACGGUUGACUACUUUAAAGCUUUCAGGAAUUAAUCAACCAUUUUCAUACUAUGCAGUAGUGUCAGAUUAUCAUUAAUGAAUGUACAAUAAAUGAAGGUCAUCGGAACAAAUUUUCUGAAGUCAUUUACUUUUUUCUCAUAAACAUGUUUCAAAUAUUUUGAAAUAAUCUUUCGAAAAAGCCUUGAAAGUUAAGUUCAUUUCUUUAUGUCCAUUAUAAUGUUCAAAGUAUGGAAAUGUCUAUUUGUUCUUAGAGCCAUAAAUGUCAUGUAUAUGUUGACUUGAUCAUUUUCAUUACCAUAUUUGUCUCGUACACCCAUUUAAUUGUUAAACUAAUUUGUACAUGCACAUUUUUAAAGGUAUUGAAGAAGUAGCUUAACAAUAUCUGGACUCUAAGCUAGAGUUAUUACUUGUUGUGUUCAUGCACCUUCAAAUGCGGACUAAGAGUUUCCGUUUAUUCAGUUCUUUCUUGGUUGUCUCUAUAGCAUUAUUAGAACUAUAGUUAUGUAGUUAUUAUUUACAUAGGAUUAUCAUCGUGGUGCUGAUUGUUGUCUUUUGAGAGUUAAACCUCAUACUGUUUUUUUGUGGGUGUUUUUAAUGUUGCAUGAUUCAUUCAAUUUUAAAGAGAAUGCACAUGUGUACUUGUGUAUUUUACUAUGCUCUAUUGAAUGUGUGUGAAAGAAUAAUUUUCAUUGAUUGAGUGUGAACAUUUGACAUGUUAAUGUUUAAGAUACAUUUUCAACAAUCCGUUUGUCAGGAAUUUUCUAAUAAAACACAUAGCAGCAUAAAUUAUAAUAAACUAUUAUUUCAUCUUUUGAGAGAAAAAUGCCUUUUCAUUUAAGAUAUAGAGUUAGGGUCAGAAAAGUUGUUUGUAUUAAGAUGCGGUCGUACUGAUUUUUACCUACAAUCUACUUUAUGCUCGUGAAUUAACCCCGGUUUUCCUAAAAACCAGCUCAUUUGUAUUACAGUAAGACAGUCAAUUUUUGUGCUAAUCUUUGGACUAACAAGCGCAAGCUAUUGAUUUCUUUUGAUUGAUUAUUUUCUUGGGGUAAUACAAAAUAGUUAUGUUUAUUGAUAUAUUAGGUGGCUGGCGAUUUUAUGUGUAAAUAAAUCUUACACCCACAAAAAUGUUUGUGUUGUGUUUCAUGGCAUUGGAUAUUGUGAAAGCUGUAUUUUACAUUUGUGAGUUGAUGUUUUUCAAAGAAAUUUGUUGUGACAGCUUAUACAGGCUGUCAAGCGGUCAUACUUUUUCCUACUUUUUCAUCAGGAUCCUACAUUUUCCUAUUUUUUUACCAAAUCUUCCUACUAUUCCUAAUUUUUCAUUUUCAAUGGAGAAAAAAGAGUAAAUUUGCAGGAUCUAUGGCAUGACUGUAUCCCUGUUAAGGUGCAUUCAUCUAGGUGAGACCUGACAACCCAUGCUGACUGUCUGCAAGCAUCUCUUCAGGAAGCAUAGAUAUUUAUUUCUUAUGUAACUUUUGAAAUUAUUGACAAAAGUUUUUUUUUAAGUAAGAAUAGUGCCGUGUUUACUUCCUUAGCAUUUGCACACUGCAGACUUCACUACCUUACACAGUUCCCAGUGAUGCAAGAGCUGAGGGAACCCAUUGUUUAUUCCAAUUUUAUUUUGUUUCCUUUUACAACAAUUUGACCAAACCUUAUGCAUGUUUACAUGAUAUUGCUGUUUGUAAUGUAGAGAUAUGGAGAUACAUGUAUUGUAUGAGUGGUUAUGUAAUAUGGAAUUUAUUACACAAGUUAUCUGAAAAAUAUAAAACUGAUGCUUUGCCUAGUUUUUAUCAUUUACAAAUAUAAUGUAAUCAAUUCCGUAUUACAUGACAACGGAUAUGACGUUCUAUUGAUAUCAUAGGUACAUCAUGUUUAGUAAUUAAAGAUAAAUGCACAGAGCCUAAAUGCCCUGAUACAUUUUCUAAGGAUGCCUAGCUAGUCAGUUAACUUCAAGGUGUUACAGCGUAGUAUUAAAAAUAUUUCACGGCAUUAUUACACUCCUACGACGUCAUCUAUGAUGUAAAAACCAUUACUUGAAACUGGAAUAAACAAUGUAGUGCAACUGUUUCAUUGACCAAUCAAUGAUGUCAUAAAAGAUGUCAGAUGAUAAGGUCCUAUCACCAGUUGCAUAAUCUGCUCUGCAAUGACCAGUCAUUUUGAAUGUAACUUAAGUCAUUAUAACUGCACCCUAUUGUCAAGUUAAAGGUUUCAAAAUGUAGCUGUAGCAGAGCAUUGACACUUCUUUAUAUACUAGUAUUAAUCUUGUACAACAAGUUGGUGUAUCACUAAAUAAAUUUGGUCUUCUGCAUAAUGAUAUUACAUGCACAAACUAUUACCAUUUUUAUAUCCAUACACAGAAGACCUCUAACCACUUAUUUGAUGAUACACCAAAAUGAACAGCAUCUAAUUAUACUUGUAACAUAACGGUAUAUAAAUUUAAGUACAGAUAGAUUUAAUAAAAGGGAAAUAUUUUAAUAAUAUGUUUGAGUAUUUAACGUUGCUGUAUGUUGCGAGUAUUUAGGAAUUAACAUAACAGAUGUCAGUCCGGAAGGGACAUGUAAUGAAGUUCAAAAAAAUUGAUUAUGGAAGUAUGGUUUCAUUUCUCAAAUGUAGUUCAAUUAUCGGGAACAUUCGGCUCGUACAUAACAAGCCCCAAUUCAGAUAUAUGGUAUAUAAUGAAAUUGAAAUAUCCAAUUUCCCAAUGUACAUAACAAAUGUAAGUUCGGAUUGAGUGUGUAUCUUAUGGGUAUCGGGGUUUACGUAAUCGAUUAUAGGAGUGUUAGGUUUCACACUACUAAUGUGGUUUGUCCAUAGAGAGCAUCUGUUUGUAUGAUCAAGUAUGCAAAUGAAAUGAGGUCUCCUGUUCCCAAAGUGAUAAUUGUAUAUUGCACUCUUCUGCUGUGACAUGUGGUAGGUGUAUAAGCGAUCCAUCCAAUGAACAAGGGUUAUUCGAAGGGGUGGGUUUAGAAAAUCGGGGUAAGAGAACAGUUAACCAACCAAGAAAUGAGAUAGGAAAUACCUAAAUUUUAUGUUCAUGUACCUUGGAAUAAAAUGCUGUGUUUUGUUGUAAGAAAGAAUUCUAGAGUCCUAGUUUGACAAUCGAGUAGAGUAGUCACGCUUUCUUGACGUGGCGGCCAAAUGGCCGCCGCGUUGUAAAAUUGUACUUCAUGAACAUUAGAAGCGAUGUGUUAGAAAUUAUUUAACAGAAAUAAAUCUCGAUGAAAACAGAAA